AUGAAUAUACUUCGUGGGAUUAAUCCACAAGAAUUUGAAAAAGUGUUUGAGACACAACUCAAUCAAGUUUGCCAAAGUCGUUUCUCAACGACAGAUAUGUUAUUGUCAAAUACUUUUGGAUUUGCAAAUGUUAGCAUGUUAGUAGACGCGUUUGCACAAAGCCCUAAACGGCGUAAAUGCUUUGGACCGAUUUACACGAGUUACUCUUGUAAGAGAUGUUAUGGCGAUGGGAUUUGUUUGUGUGCGAAUUGUUUUGAUCCGAGUCAACAUAUUGGGCAUAGCUAUACUCGAAGUGAUACAUCGUGUGGAUAUUGUGACUGUGGUAUAUUCAAAAAUGGAUGUACAAACAACUGCUUAACCCAUAACACAUUUUCAUGUGAAAAUCCCGUUGUCUUCGAACAGUUUUUCAAAACCGAUCUUGCCCAAGCUAAAGCUAUAGUCCGUUGUGUUCUUUUAGCAGUGCAAACGUUUUUUGAUUUCGUUACUGAUCCACUGACACAAAUAACAAACUUCACUCGAGUUUUUAAAGGUCUUUUGUUGGUAUUACAGAAUGAAGUACUUUAUACACUCAUAUCAAGCGUAUCAUCAGAAAAGAUCAACAGCACGGAUCCUUUCAUUUUUCAUCUUGCAAAGGCACUGAGGAAAUAUUCCAAUAAUACCGAAUUUAUUCGAACAAUUGGAUAUAACUGGUUCAUACCAUUAGCUUCUAGUACUUAUAACUAUAAAAAUUAUAAAUGUUUUGUAUUACCCGUUUACGAGAAAAAUGAGUCAUUUUACUUCAAAACACUCUUCACAACAAAUUUUGAUGAGACAAGCAGUGGGAUUAUUACAAAUUUGAAAAACACGAAUUACGCACUGUUGGACAGCUUUAGGUUCUUUUUCGACGCUGAUGUGAUGAAACUCUAUUAUGUCGAUUUAUCAUUCACUAAGUCGUUCCAAAGCACGGUAAACUUGUUCAACAAUUUUUGUAACAAAAUAUCGAAUGUGAGGGACACCGAUAUGGCUGUAUUUGAAAGACUCAUAUGUGUCAUUUUAAAUGGGUUUUUAAACUAUCCACAGAACUGUCGAUAUUAUAAACAAAAUGAUAUGCUCCAACUAGUUUUUAAAACGUUUAAGUUACUAUCAUUCUGUGAAGUCCCAUUUGUUGCAAGUAUAGUUAAAAUGUUAUCCAAAAGUGACGAGGGAAAUGUUAUUGUGGAGAAUUUGAAACAACACUUCUUUGUGGAAAAAAACACACAACUUUUGUUUCGGGCGUUUCCAAGUCAAAACAAGAAUUUUACUUUGAAAUUUCCACAGAGUUAUGACGUGCCAAAUUUUGUCAACGCAAUGCAUUACAAAAUGAUAUCUCAUGACACAAAAUUUUUGGAAAUUGAAAAAAGUUUUGAUACCAAAACGGCGGUGUUUGAGUACAACAAUAUCUUUGACAAUUUUGGAGUGUUUUCGUUUUUUGAAAGCAUGAAAAUGAGAAGUGAUGUUAUCUCGGUUUUACACGAUGAAAUGAAAGAUUUGAGUCAAGAACAAAUGUUAACAUUAAUCAUUUGGAUUUUACAUUAUAAUUCCGAGGAUAUUUUUUCGUACUUGAAUCAAGCAACUGUGUUCAAUGCUAUAGAAAAGGAAAACAAGAAACUGACGGUAAAAGAAUUGUUCUUUGCUUUUAAAUUGACGAAAAUGGCAAAUCCGUUUCUGCCAUUUUCAACUCAAGCGGUGGAAUGUCUUUACGUUUUGUUGUGCACAAUCACACAGUACCCGGUUGGCGUGUAUUUCGCCAAAACGACGGCACACCCGGUUUUGAAAUCUUUUCUCCUCACAGAAAUCAUGGAACAAUGUGUCGACACGCAACCACUUUUUGUGAUUCACUUACUUUGGCUUCGGGUGUAUCACAAAGUCGUUUUGGAGAAAGACAAAAAGGGUGUUUUGCUCUUCUCCAAGUUUAGAGAGUUCCUCGAAAAGUUUCCAACGUUUUAUAAGUCAUUGUAUCAACUUUCUAUACUCUACGAAAAUGUUACAUAUGGAUCUCAAGAAGUCUUUCUUGGAUCAACACUACAUCUCUGA